UCAGCUCUAGUUAAGUAGAAACCCUGACACUGAAUAGUUUCCUGGUUAACGUUUGGUUGAAAAUGGUACUUUCGAUGACUCGCUGGUCCGGUAAAGUAGCAGUGGUAACCGGUGCCAGCUCAGGAUGCGGUUCUGCGAUUGCCGAACACUUGGUGAAAUAUGGGUUGAUAGUUGCAGGUUUGGCAAGAAGGGUGGAACGCGUUGAGGAACUUGCGGAGAAGUUGAGCAAUCAGAAAGGCAAAUUGGUUGCAGUGAAAUGCGACAUCACCAUGGAGGAAAAUAUUUUGGAAGCCUUUAAAAUGAUCCGCGAAGAGUUAGGAACUGUUCACAUUUUAAUCAACAACGCUGGUCUUGGUCUAGAUAGUACCCUUUUUGACGGCGAUACCAAAACUUGGAGAACAAUACUGGAUACGAAUGUUCUUGGACUUUGUAUCGCCACCAGAGAAGUAGUGAGGGAGAUGAAAGCAGAAAACAUAGACGGCCAUGUAGUUCACAUAAACAGUAUUGUUGGACACAAAAUAGUGAAUUUUCCAAAAAGCAGCGUCUAUAGCGCUACUAAAUUUGCUGUUACUGGCUUGGCCGAAGCAUUGCGAUUUGAGAUUAAUGAGUUGAAUCUGAAAAUAAAAAUUACGAGCGUUAGCCCCGGUGCAGUGGCCACUGAUUUCCUGAACGUAAAAACCGGUGGAACGAUGUCCUAUUCUGAACUAAAUUUUCCCAUUUUGAAAGCUGAAGACGUAGCUAAUGCUGUAAUAUAUGCACUAUCUACCCCACCUCACGUUCAGGUAUCUGAGAUAACACUCCAGGCGGUUGGAGAAAAACUAUAAAUACCAGUAAGACGACAUGUUAUGAAAGUCAAAUUUGAAAAAAAUCUAUUUUUGUUGCUUAUGUGCACAAUUCCAGUCCAAAGCACCUUGGUACAUACACACCUUCAACGAAAAAAAUCCUUCAAAGAUUUUUUUUUGGAAGCUUAUUUGCAAAACUGUGUAAAAAAGAGCAAUUUUUUGUAAAAAUAAGAUUGGAACUUGUUUGGUUAUACCUAUGUGAAUAAAAAAAUAAAAUUUGUUAAUCAA